CUAAAAAAAAAAAGAAAAAACUCUCAAAAUCGAUUUUUUUUUUUGAGACAGUCUCACUCUGUCACCCAGGCUGGAGUGCAGUGUUCUUGGCUCGAUGCAACCUCCACCUCCCAGGUUCAGGCGAUUCUCCCACCUCAGCCUCCUGAGUAGCUGGGAUUACAGGCACCCACCAUCAUGCCCGGCUAAUUUUUGUAUUUUUAGUAGAGACGGGAUUUCACCAUGUUGGCCAGGCUGGUCUUGAACUCCUGACCUCAGGUGAUUCGCUCGCCUUGGCCUCCCAAAGUGCUGAGAUUACAGGCAUGAGCCACCGCGCCCAGCCUUCAAAAUGCUUUUUCUAUUCUCUCACUCAACAACAACACAGAAGAUGGCUGUGACCAAAUGCAUGGGGGCUUUCCCACACACACCAGGCAAGCAGUUCUGCAGCCGACACCAGCUGGGUGCCCUCCAAAAUUCAAUUCUGGCACUAUCUACCUGGAGAUAGUGUCAGAUCCCACAGGCUGAGGGCUCAGUCCCCCGUUCUGUCCCCCAUUCAGACACCAGUUCCAACUCCAGGCCUCUGGAGCUUCUGGCCUACUGGCUUCAAGAUGAGGUUCCCACAACCCCCUCUUUGAGUUCAACUAAUUUGCUAGAGUGGUUCGCAGAGCUCAGAGAAACGUUUACCAGUUUAUUAUAAAGGAUGUUACAAAGGAUACAGAUGAAGAGAUGUGUAGGGCAAGGUAUGGGGAAUGGGCUCGGAGCUUCCAUGCCCUCCAUGGAUGCAUCACCGUCCAGGAACCUCCACGUGUUCAGCUAUCCAGAAGCUCUCUGAACCCUGCCCUUUUGAGUUUCUGUGGAUAAUUCAUUACAUAGGCAUGAUUCAUUAAGCCAUUGGCCAUUGGCGAACAACUUACCCUCCAACCUGUCUGCCCUCCCUUGGCUGGGGAUGGGGGGUGGGGGGAGGCUGAAAUCCUGCCUUGGUCUCUCUGGUAACCAGCCCCUGUCCUGAAGCUACCCUAGGGGCUGCCAGCCAUCAGUCAAUCAUUAGCACACAAGAAGACAUCAUUUUGGGGAUUCUAAGAUUUUAGAAAUUGUACUCCAGGAAACGAGGUCAAAGACCAAAUAUAUAUUUCACAAUAUUACAUCCCUCCUACAGAAGGCCAAAUUUGCAUUUGCAUCCCUACAACUUCCAGAGGUAAGAGGGAGCCGUUAAUGGUGUGGUGAUGUAACCGCCCAAAGGGUUCACUUUGCCCAAGCCUAGACAGAGCCGAUUGCUCAAGACAGGGGAAUUGCAAUAAAGAGUAGUUAACGCAGAGCUGGCUGUGCAGGAGACCAGGGUUUUACUAUCACUCAAAUCAGUCUCCCUAAGCAUUCAGGGAGCAGAGUUUUUAAGGACAACUUGGUGGAUGGCGGGGAAGCCAGUGAGCCAGGAGUGCUGAUUGGUCAGGACUGAAAUAAUAGGGAGUCGAAGCUGUCUCCUUGCCUUGAGUCAGUUCCUAGGUGGGGGCCACAAGUCCCAACGAGCCAAUUUAUGGAUCUGGGUGGUGCCAGCUGAUCUAUCAAGUGCAGGGUCUGCAAAGCAUCUCAAGCACUGAUCUUAGGAGCAGAUUAGAGGGGGUCAGAAUCUUGUAACCUCCAGCUGCAUGACUCCUAAACCAAAAUUUCUAAUCUUGUGGCCAAUGUUAGUCCAUCCUACAAAGGCAAUCUAGUCCUCAGGCAAGAAGGAGGUCUGCUUUGAGAAAGGGCUGUUAUUGUCUUUGUUUUAGACUAUAAACUAAAAACGAAGUUUCUCCCAAGGUUAGUUCAGCCUACACUCAGGAAUGAAGAAGGACAACUUGGAGGUUAGAAGCAAGAUGGAACUGAUUAAGCUAGAUCUCUUUCACUGUUUCACUCAUAAUUUUGCAAAGGUGGUUUCAGUGACAUCCCAGGUCUUCAGAGCCUUCAUGAGAAAAGAGAACCAAGGAAAACUGUGCACGCAGGCCACCUUGUGGCACACCUACUCCAGCCACUCCAUGCUAUCUGCACCCCUCCCAGAACACACGUCUCACUGGGUCUACACCCAACGGCUGUUCAUUUUCCACACUCUGCCUUUGACCCCAGCUGGUAUGGACGGGCCCUGGGUUUCUGACCAGCCAGAUUCAACAUUUUGGUUCUCAGUCCUGCUUUCUCCGGAAAUUCGUCUGGCUGGGGCUUUUGCUUAGUAAAGGAACCCUGGACCCCACCUAGGUCUGGGAACUGGAGAUCGGUGGCACCAGAACUUUCAGUUUCCUUUGUGGGUGUCUUUGAUCUGGCCAAGCCCUGGGAGAGAGACAGAACAUUCUAACCCUCGUUUUUAGAAAUAUUUUUAUUUUGCACGAGAGCCAUGUACAGGAAGACAAUCUAAUCCCCCUUUGACAGAUGCAGAAACCGAAACUUAGACAACAGAAGAUGUUUGGGCCAAGUCCCUGGCUGAGUAGUAGUAGGGCUGAGAGGGGAUUCAGACUUAGGAGACUGAGGAGGCGGGCUGCUGGGGGAAUGGAGGUGCCUGGGGCAGGCCCUGGCCACUCCAGCUUCCCUGGGAGCUGCACUCAGCCCCCUCCAUCCUUCACCUGUUCCAGGACCUGCCUGAAGCCCCACCAUCCGUGGCCUUCACUCAGAAGAGAACCCCUAGACACCAGGAGGAAAGUCAGGGCCCAAGAAACCCACUAAGCUGUCAGGACAGGGUGUGGAGCCGGGCACCUGUGACGUGGACCUGUGUUUCUGUGGGGUGAUUAGAGAGGCUGCAUCAGCUCUGGGUGUGUGGGCCCCUUCGUGCUACUAUGGAUCUGGGACCUUGUUCUCUACCUUGUUCUCUAUGCGUGUUGUGUGGUUUGGGUUGAAUUGAGUGUCCGUGGAGCUGUGUCUGCAGGGGGUCGGGCUUGGUCUCCACAGCACCCUGGGGAGUUCUGGGAGGAGAAGUUGGAGAGAAAAGUGCUGGGGAGUUGCAGAGGCUUCAAACUGGUCCAGCAACUUUGGAAAUUGGGAGCAGUAGCCAAGAGGGAGAGGAGACGACAGGCGGACAGAGGAACAGUGUGGACGCCGGCAGGCAGGUGGACUCAGUGCUGUGGCAUAAAGCUGCUGCCCAGCUGGAGAGCGGUGCUGCCCCUUGGCCCUUCGGGCAGGGCCUGGCCAUGGGCACAGCGACCCAGAAGUAGGUGGGCUCUAGAGUGCUGGGGCUGGGGCAGCCCAGAGGGGAACAGAAUGGGGACCUCAGGCCCAGCCCUCACCAGCUGAGGAGCCUGAGCUCUUAGGGCCCCUCCGCAUGUCCCCCUCUGCCAUCCUCAGGCCCUAGGGCCAGGCUGGGCUGGGCCUGCCAGGAGGGGGGAAAGGCUGGACACAGGACUGCCUUCCUGGGCUGGGUGAUGGGCACUCACACAGGGCUUGGUGCAUAGAAAGGCCCCACGCUCCGUCUAAUGCUCUUGCUAUCUUUAAAUUCUUUAUACUUUUGGAAUAAAGGCCUCACAUUCUCACUUUGCACUGGGUCCCAGAAAUUAUGUGGCUGGGAGGGGAAAGGGAUCUGUGUCCUGACAGCUAGGCAGCUCCGCCUGCAGAGGCCCAUCUGCUGCCUGCCUCAGGGACCCUGAGGGGUGCAGGGUGGUGGGGGCAAGGCAGCUCAGACCAACCUGAAUUUUAGGAUUGGUUUCUGCAAACCUGCUAUCUGCAUGGCUUGGGUCAAAUCACAUCUACUGAAUCUGUUUCCUUCGCUGUUAAAGGGGUUAAUACCGCCCAGCACAGGGGUUACUUGGGACAGUGCAGAUCCAUGUUUCUUGGCACAAGGCCAAGGCCAUUCCUCAAUGACGAGAAUGACUAUGAUGAUGAUGAUAAUGAUGAACUGGUUAUUAAUCAGUGGGGAAGGGCCUCAUACAGGGGGUUACAUAAUAAGUGCCUGUUUCCACUCCCUCUUUCUCCGCUCACCUGGGGCUUGGUAAACUUCUGGUCCUCACCCCCUCGACUCUGGCCCUCUCUUGGGAAACAAGAACAGGUCCGGCGCCCAGGCGCAGAUGUGGGCAGGGAAGGGCACAUGUGGCAGAGGCUUGGGUGGCUUUUAUUGUCCUAGUGAGAGUUAAUACAUUACCUCUGCCCGGGGCCCCCUUUCGCAAUCCAGAGCUGGGCAUCUGGUUACAGAUUUACUUCAAACAAUGCCUGAUAUGUGGAGUAAAGUCCUCCUCCUUGGCCUUCGUAAAGUCAUCCCCUCUUCUCCUCAGGAACCGCUCAAACCUGUGCCCCAAAGAUGAGGGCCCAGGAGGACCCCGAGGGCCGGACACAGCAUGAAUCCACCAGGGACCCCCCGACCCCGCUACCCACAGAGCCUAAGUUUGACAUGUUGUACAAGAUCGAGGACGUGCCGCCUUGGUACCUGUGCAUCCUGCUGGGCUUCCAGCACUACCUGACAUGCUUCAGUGGUACCAUCGCCGUGCCCUUCCUGCUGGCUGAGGCGCUGUGUGUGGGCCACGACCAGCACAUGGUUAGUCAGCUCAUCGGCACCAUCUUCACGUGCGUGGGCAUCACCACUCUCAUCCAGACCACCCUGGGCAUCCGGCUGCCGCUGUUCCAGGCCAGUGCCUUUGCAUUUCUGGUUCCAGCCAAAGCCAUACUGGCUCUGGAGAGAUGGAAAUGCCCCCCAGAAGAGGAGAUCUACGGUAACUGGAGUCUGCCCCUGAACACCUCUCAUAUCUGGCACCCACGGAUACGGGAGGUGGGUUUGCAUGUCCAAGGUGCAAUCAUGGUGUCCAGCGUGGUGGAGGUGGUGAUUGGCCUGCUGGGGCUGCCUGGGGCCCUGCUCAACUACAUUGGGCCUCUCACAGUCACCCCCACUGUCUCCCUCAUUGGCCUUUCUGUCUUCCAAGCUGCUGGCGACCGAGCUGGCUCCCACUGGGGCAUCUCAGCUUGCUCCAUUCUCCUGAUCAUCCUCUUCUCCCAGUACCUGCGCAACCUCACCUUCCUGCUGCCUGUCUACCGCUGGGGCAAGGGCCUCACUCUCCUCCGCAUCCAGAUCUUCAAAAUGUUUCCUAUCGUGCUGGCCAUCAUGACCGUGUGGCUGCUCUGCUACGUCCUGACCUUGACAGACGUGCUGCCCGCAGACCCAAAAGCCUAUGGCUUCCAGGCACGAACCGAUGCCCGUGGUGACAUCAUGGCUAUCGCACCCUGGAUCCGCAUCCCCUACCCCUGUCAGUGGGGCCUGCCCACAGUGACUGCGGCUGCCGUCCUGGGAAUGUUCAGCGCCACUCUGGCAGGCAUCAUUGAGUCCAUCGGAGAUUACUACGCCUGUGCCCGCCUGGCUGGUGCACCACCCCCUCCAGUACAUGCUAUCAACAGGGGCAUCUUCACCGAAGGCAUUUGCUGCAUCAUCGCGGGGCUAUUGGGCACGGGCAACGGGUCCACCUCGUCCAGUCCCAACAUUGGCGUCCUGGGAAUUACCAAGGUGGGCAGCCGGCGCGUGGUGCAGUAUGGUGCGGCUAUCAUGCUGGUCCUGGGCACCAUCGGCAAGUUCACGGCCCUCUUCGCCUCGCUGCCUGACCCCAUCCUCGGGGGCAUGUUCUGCACUCUCUUUGGCAUGAUUACAGCUGUGGGGCUGUCCAACCUGCAAUUUGUGGACAUGAACUCCUCUCGCAACCUCUUCGUGCUGGGAUUUUCCAUGUUCUUCGGGCUCACGCUGCCCAAUUACCUGGAGUCCAAUCCUGGCGCCAUCAAUACAGGCAUUCUUGAAGUGGAUCAGAUUCUGACUGUGCUGCUGACCACGGAGAUGUUUGUGGGCGGGUGCCUUGCUUUCAUACUUGACAACACAGUGCCAGGGAGCCCAGAGGAGCGUGGUCUGAUACAGUGGAAAGCUGGGGCUCAUGCCAACAGUGACAUGUCUUCCAGCCUCAAGAGCUACGACUUCCCCAUUGGGAUGGGCAUAGUAAAAAGAAUUGCCUUUCUGAAAUACAUUCCUAUCUGCCCAGUCUUCAAAGGAUUUUCUUUAAGUUCAAAAGAUCAGAUUGCAAUUCCAGAAGACACUCCAGAAAAUACAGAAACUGCAUCUGUGUGCACCAAGGUCUGAAAAAUGACUUCCAGGAAAGGAAGCAUGGUAUAUAACAGGAAAAGAAAACUACAUGGGGAACCAGAAGACCUAAGUCUGAAAUCCCAGCCCUGCCCCUAACUAACUUCUAUGUAAACUCAGAUAAGUCACCUUUCUCUGGGAUUCAAAUUUUUGUAUCAGUUAAAAAAAAAGGUGGGGGGCGGGGGGGGGGGACGGAUGGGCCAAAGUCUGAGUCUUAGAGACUUGUACCAAUGUUAUGCUAUGUCUCUAAAUCUUUACUCUCCUAAGUAGACUUGUCAGCAUCUAGGAAGAACAGCUAGAAAUUUUCCUCUGUGAUAUUUUGGACUGCAAGUUGAUAAAAAUAAAAAGAAAUGAGGGCAGGUUCCAGGGCCUGAAAUGUAGGUAUGCUGGAAGGCUUUUACAUUGAAUUUGACCCUACAUCACUUCAAGACUAAUGCAUAAUAUUAAACAUCAUGUUGAAGAAAUAAUUUUAGUUUCGUAAUUUAUACAUAGCAGUUUCUUUGGACAGGAUAUAUUCUCCCUUCCCCCAAGGGAAAUAAUGUAUCUACAUUUUAAAAGUGUGAAGUUUAAGAAAAAAAAGCAGCAUUCCUUUUCUCUUUUUUUGAGACAUGGACUCGCUCUGUUGCUUAGACUGGAGGGCAGCGGCACAAUCACAGCUCACUGCAGCAUCGGCCUCCUGGGCUCAAGUGAUCCUCUGGCCUCUGCCUCCCGAGUACCUGGGACCACAGGCCUGUGCCACCACACCCAGCUAACUUAAACUUUUUGUAGAAACAGGGUCUCCCUUUGUUGCCCAGGCUGGUCUCAAACUCCUGGGCCAAAGUGAUCCUCCCACUUUGGCCUCCCAAAGUGCUGGGAUUACAGGCAUGAGCCACCACAUCCAGGCACAGUGUUCUUAAAUGAACAAUUUUCUGGGAACGACAGAAGAAUAAGAAUGAAACAAAGUAAUAUCAAAUAGACUGAGAAGAACAAACCAGCUUCUGUACUAUGGAAUUAUACUGGGUCCAGAUUAAAGUUAUACAUUAUGCUCAGCCAAGAGUAUUACUCUGCAGGGCAACUGGGAUUAUUUACGGUGACUAAUGUAGCCGUAAGUAAUCAUAACCCCCCCCCCGCCCCCAGACUAUUCAGAUCAUACAGCUGCUCAAAUGGGUUACCAUCACUUACUGCAACAAAGGCUAUACCACAAUGUAAACUUCAGUGCUCUCUACACCAUCCUUUAGAAGAAUGGUUUCCAAAUGACCGACUCAGGCAAGUUGGCUGUAUAAUAAAUCCUCUGUAGUACUUUUAAAAAAUUAACAUGCCCAGACAACUUAGCAUGUUGGGAUGUAACUAAAGAACUGAUUUUUGUAUUUAAUGCUUCAUAGGUAAUUAUGGUGUACAGAUUAGUUCAGUGGACCCAGCCAGUUCUCACUCUAGUGCUGAUGUUUAGUUAUCACAAUUCCCCCCA